AGCAUGAUCCUCAGAGGUUGUCUCCCUCAGGUUUUAGCUGCAUAAAGAAGUCCUGGCCUCAACCUCCAGCACAGCCAUGUUAGAACAUUUGAGCUGUUCAUUUUUACUCCCAUUUAUUAUAAAACAAACACAACACACUAUGAUAAAGUUCCUCCUCUCGGUCCUGUAUGUAGCUCGUAUUUCAAACUUUUAUUUUUAAAACACAUGAAGCUGCUACACUUCGACUUAUAUUACACCUGUUGCCACCACACACACACAACUUCCCUAUAAUUGUACUUCUGUGUGUCUACACACACACACACACACACACACACACACACACACACACACUCCCCAGUCAUAACUGAAUGACGGCAGGUCGCUAUGGAAACUGCGUUACGCUCCGGGCGGCCGGAGGAGAAAACAAGAGCGCGAGGACUCGGUUCAGUCUUCAUUUCAGCACCACGCGAGCUCCUGGACAGCGCCCGGAUGAACUCGCGCACAGGUUCCAGCCUCACAUGCCUUAUAGAAGAAGAGGAGACAGACAGAGACAGAGCCGCAGCAGCACCGAGCCUCACCGGAGCGGCUAACUUGAGGAGGAGGAAAACAAACCCACAGUAUAACACAGCAGACUUUCUCCAGGACCUGCAGCUCGGUGGAUACUCCAGGUUUCAUUCAAGCCCGGAGCCAGUCGCUCCCUCACUUGCCACAGCAACAGUGGCCAUAGAUUAUGUGCGAGCUGAGCUGAGCCGAUACGCCUGGAUGAGUCACUCAGGCUGCAAGUUUGCAGAAGAGUGAGAAAGGGGAGGGAGGGGGAGAUCCAGGGACGAGCUGUAAAACAGUCCCGCAGUGCCUCUCUCUGCCUCCUCAACACAUUGUUUCAUAUGGCCAGUGUCAACACCUGCUGGGAUUCUAUUUAUUUUACUGCCUACUGGAUGUAUGAUUAUUGUUUUUUUUUUGCAACUUGAAGUUCACCUUUGUUAAAGUGUGGCACAGAGAGAUGCCUCACCAGCAACAGAUCUUUUUGUCCUCAGACUCUUUGUCUUCUGGGCAGCAGCAGCAUGUCUGAAACCAAACCCAACCAUCGGUUCCACAGCCUGAACGCCGAGCAGGUGGAGGUCCUCCAUCAGGUUUUGUCCGAGGUGGUUCCGAUCCACGGCCGCGGGAACUUCCCCACGUUGGAGCUGCGUCCCAGAGACAUCAUCAUAGCCGUGCGCGCCAGGCUGCAGAAGCAGGGGAUCACGGUGAGGGAUGUCCGUCUGAACGGCUCCACGGCCAGCCACGUCCUCGUCAGAGACAAUGGGACGAGCUAUAAGGACCUGGACGUCAUCUUCGGAGUGGAGUUGCCCACUCAGGAGGAGUUCCAGGUGAUCAAAGAGUCCGUGCUGGGCUGCUUGCUGGACUGCCUACCCGCCGGGGUCAACAGGGAGCGGAUCAGUAGCGCCACGAUGAAGGAGGCCUAUGUCCAGAAAAUGGUCAAGGUCUUCAACGAGCACGACCGCUGGAGCCUCAUCUCGCUCUCAAACAACAGCGGCAAAAACCUGGAGCUCAAGUUCGUGAGCACGCUGAGGCGUCAGUUCGAGUUCAGCGUAGACUCCUUCCAGAUCAUUCUGGAUCGUCUCCUGGAGUCCUACAUGCAGCAGGAGUCUCAGCAAAAAAAAAAUACUGUUGAUCUCAAGGACCAGCCUGCAGGGAAUCAGAACAAAGACUCCCAGGCUCCAGAAACGGAGAAGUCCUCCGGUAGAGACUUAUCCAGCAAAGAGGGGGCUCAUAUCAGCCAGACACAACAGAGAGACAAGGUGCAUGAAAAGGAGUCUCAGACAGAACUCUCACAACAAACUGAGCAUUCAAACCAGACAAAACACUCUGAAGUUGAAAAGGACAACAAAGAGAACCCACCUGUGGAGCAGAAAGAAGCGUCAGAAAACAGAGAAACCUUCAAUGAAACAGACUUCUCUGACCAGACGUCUCCAAAUAAUAUGUCAGAAAACAAACAAACCUCUGAAAAAGCUGAGCCGCCAACUCAGAUUGAACUCAGAGAUGAGCCAGAGCUCUCGGACGAGACCAAAUGCUCGACGAAGGUAGAACAGUCAGAGCAAACCCAGCCCAAACAACCAACACAUUCAAAUCACGAGGAACUCUCCGUCCAGAAAGAACAAUCCAACCACACAAAACCCCCCGACGAACAGGAAGAACUCCCAGAGCAGAUGGGGCAGUCUGAGCCGCCAGAAACCUCAAACGAUACCCAGACAGAGACUCUGAACCUGCCAGAAGAAUGUCACAGUGCAGACUUCUACGAGUCUCUCAGCGAGGAUCAGAGCAGCGAUGAGGAAGAUAAAUCUGGCACAUCUUCACAUGCAAAGAUAGAGAUACAGUUAGCAGAAGAAAGGAAAGUAGAGACAGAGAUAGGUGAGCAAGCAGAGGGAAAAAACGAGACAGAAGUAAGCGAAAUGACAGAAGAGGUUUUAACAUCAGAGGCAAAAAACGUAGACGACCCGCAGGGUAUCGAUUGUUCCUGCUCCACCUCUUCCAUAUCCCUUACACUUCACAACACAGAGCCUGCUGGCACACGGGAUGCACUGGAGAUUCACAGCACGCUACACACAGAUAAAACACCUAACACACUUGAUGCCGUCAGCCCUCCAGAUACUCAGGAUAUUCUACCCGCACCACCCGGCCUUGUUUCUGACAAAAAGUCCUCCUCAUGUAAGGCCUCAGAGAGACUAGCUCACAUGGUGGUGCUCAAACACCACUCUCCCAAACCCCCUCGGAGGAUGUGUAGGAAGGUGCCCCCUAGUCCUUACCCGAAUCCAGUCUCUGACAGCGAACUUGUCGUAGCGCCCUAUCUAGAUCCGAACCCCUGCCCUAGCCCCGAACCUGACAUAGAUGUGAACCCAAAGCCAACACCUCCCAGUUCAGACCCUACAGCUACCCUAACAACCAGUAUCUCCGGGCCUGAACCCACCCUAGCUUCAAACUUAGACCUUACCUCAGCUCCCGAUCCAGCCCCUGACAUAAUCUCCACCUCUGCCGUGGAUCCCAUGUCUGCUUUAACUCAAGCAUCCUCUCAGCUAAUCACAGAGAGUUCAUGCGAGAUGAGUAUUCCGAGCCUAGAAGAGACGCCGUCUAUACAUGUGGCUCGUGAUGAGCAAAGCCAGCCCUCCCUAAGUGAAACUGCCUCUGCACCCAAGCAAUCAGAGCCUCUUGACUCAGUGGACGUGUCAGUUUCAGACACCGACGCGUCCAGCUCAAACACCCAAGAACCUGCACAUACCUCAGAAGUUGAGCUCAGUGACGAAGAUGAAAACAGAGAACCGCGGACCAAAAAGACGGACUUGAAUCAGCCGCAAGAGUGUUCCCCCUCCCCUUCCCACUGUGUCACCCCUCCCGUAUCCUGUCUCACCCCUCCUGUGCUCAGUCUCUCCCCUCCCUGCUUCACUCCCUCGCCCCCCAGCCUCAGCCCUCCCCCGUGCCUGACCCCUCCUUCUCCCUCCCACUGCCUCUCAUCCCCGCUGCUGACUGGCGUCAGCCCCGCCACCAGCUUCAGCUCUCCACCCCUGAGCCCGACCUCGUCCUGCCUCAGCUCACCUCCGUACCUCACCCCUCCCAUGCUCAGCCUCAGCCCUACUCCGCUCUGUCUCAGCCCCCCUUCCCCCUGUCUCAGCCCUCCCCUCCUCUGCCUCACUCCGCCGGUGGAGUCAGAGGACCUCGCGCCUCAGGUAUCUUCAGACAUGGAGCCUUUGAUACUGAACACCGACAGCAAGGAACAGAUUAAAGAGUCCUCCCCUCAGCCAGGAAUCCCUCUCCUACAGUUGGAGGAUGAAAAGGAGCAAGAUUAUAUCUCUUCAUCGCCUCAGGUUGCAGAGACAGUCUCUUUUCCAAUCACAAUCACAAUCCCGAGCUCCACGUCACAUGCGCUGCCUCACUCUCAGUCUGAAGGCCCGGGGGAAUCGGCCCCUCCGAAGGCCGAUGAGGCAUCCAGCUCUGUGCCCGAGAACAAAGAGGCCCCUAAGGUAACCGCAGUCAUGCCCGAACAGAGCAUCGCUCCUCCUCAGGCAUCUGGCUCGGUCCCUGCCGUGGAGGUCCUGGCAGAGAGCAUGUUUGGCGACUUUGAGGCGGCCAUGGACCACCUGCGCUACCGCCUAAUCGCCACCAGGAACCCCGAGGAGAUCCGAGGCGGCGGCUUGCUGAAAUACAGCAACCUGUUGGUCAGGGACUACAGACCGGCCAGCGAGACUCAGAUAAAGACACUGGAGCGCUACAUGUGCUCGCGCUUUUUCAUCGAUUUCCCCGACGUGCAGGAGCAGCAGCGGAAGAUCCUGUCCUACUUGAAGAACCACUUCAUCGGCGAGGAGAGGAGCAAGUACCAGUACCUGAUGACGCUGCGUCGCGUGGUCGACGACAGCACGGUGUGCCUGAUGGGACACGAGAGGCGUCAGACGCUGAACAUGAUCACGGUGCUGGCGCUGAAGGUUCUCGGAGAGCAGAACAUUAUCCCCAACACAGACCACGUGACAUGCUUCUACCAGCCGGCCCCGUACCUCGCUGAUCACAGUGCCCCCUAUUUAGCAGAACCCAGCUACUGCAGCUACUACAUACCCCAAGGGGGAUCAACUCUGCUUUACCAACCGUACCCCUUACACCUGCACACACAGACUGGACUAGUCUAAAACACACACAUAAUUACACAAAACACACAAUCCAGCAAAGGGGGAAGGUGCUUUUCAUGAGGAAAGAGCUGGAGAAUGGAAAUAUAAUCCAGGGAUAAACUGUUUGGUCUAUAAUAGACCUACGGGGGUGGGAUUGAGUGGGUUUUUACAGCAAACUCCCCGAGUACUCUGUAAGGUUCUAAUAUGAUUAUAUAUAAUUAUCUGGGCUUUGUGGGCAAAUAAUAAUUCUUCCGAUAUUGUUAAAAUUUCAGAAAAUGCUUUAUGCACUGCAUGAGUCAUAGCCCUUUGGUCUCCCCGGGAGACCAACUGAGCUGUUGACAUUCUCACACACACACACACACACACGAAACUCACACUUCCAGGUUCUUGAAUUCUCGUACACUCUUUUCAUGUUCUUACUGUGUUGUUCUUAAUGGGUUUGUUCAGAACGUAGACCUUGCCUGUGGUUGAUAUUGUGCAUGGAUAAAUUAGGACUGUUCUCUCACUGCCAAAUACUGUGUGACUACUAUGCUUCUUAAUGUAACUUUGUUAAUCCUUUACCGGAGGGGUGUAUUCUGAAAAAAAAAAAAAACUACAGAGGGACAGGUUUACCAGUGUGUACAGUACUUUCAUCAGAACACACACAUGCAUGCACAACCCAUACACACACAUAUACACACACAAAGUUAGACAAUGCAUGAGUAGCUAAAUAUAUAGAUCACAUCCCGAAGUCAAAGCAAAGGCUUUUAAUUUAAUAAAAAAUUGUCUAUUUUUGCAAGACUUUCCAAGAGAAUCCUCAGCGGUAAACAGACUGGUUAGUUCCUACAUUAAAAUGCCAACAACAAUGCCUUUGCAAUAGACUGUACAGCGUAUUGAUUACAGUAUAUCGUGUGCGGAUACACUGCAUUGUUUUCAGGUAAAAUUGUGUUAAGAUGUAGUGCUUGAUUCCUUUUCCCUUCGUGGAGUCCUUUCUGUAAUCACGUGAAGUACUGUACCAUCUAGUGUUGGUUUAUUUACUGCUAAAGUUUACUCUGUGGAGGUGGUCAGGUUUAUAACCAUCUUUGGGUCAUCUCGAAACAACGGCAGAUGUAAAUCUGUCUAAAGGGAUCGCAUCUUAAAGUCGUGCGACUCCUCUCAGCAUGAAUCAGCAUCCUCUUAAUUCACGCAGUCGGAAUCAACAAGUUCAAAUCCUCCUCAAACCCGUUUUGAGUUCAAAGCAACAGCAACUCUGACCAAAGAUGGUUCAGUAGGGAAAUCAAGUGCCUAAAUGUGAGACAUCAUUGGCAUGUCUUUAUCUCACUGCACUGGGGCUGUUAUUAAUGGGGUGGGCCUGGGGCUGGGUCGGGUGUGUGUUCAGUUGUUGACCCCUGUUAUUGCUGCCCGUUUUGAUGUCUUAUUUAAUGUAGUCCUUUGUUGUAGUUUAUUCAUGUACGUUUUGAUAAAAUAAAGGGGAAACUCAAUCAAACCUUCAGAAAUUGAAUUCUUUAAAGUCCAUUCACAUUUCUACUUUU